CGACGCCCGCCAGGUGGACGAGAAGCUUCCCCAUCACCUUCUAUCAUCGUCUCUGCCAGUAACGCUACCUUCUAACUGUUUUUGAGCUUUCCGUAGCUCUGAACUUUUCAUACCUUCGAAAACUGCCUCCGAACAGCCAAGAACCUACUGUUUACCUACCUCCGCCGCUGCGCUUGCCUGCGGCAUACAGCAUCACUUUCCGACGAAACCCACGAGAACAUCAACAAUGAGCGGCAGCAGUGACCCAGAGCGGGAGCAUGCGCUCGAGGAGUACAAGAAUAAGCUUCUGGAUUCAAGAGAGUGGGAAGCCAAACUCAAGGCGUUGCGGUUAGAAAUCAAAGGUCUCCAGCAUGACUUUGACGUGUCGGAAGACAACAUCAAAGCCUUACAGAGCGUUGGGCAGAUAAUAGGCGAAGUGCUGAAGCAGCUGGAUGAGGAGCGGUUCAUCGUCAAGGCAUCCUCGGGGCCAAGAUACGUCGUUGGUUGUCGAUCGAAAGUCGAUAAGUUGAAGCUGAAGCAGGGCACUCGAGUUGCGCUGGAUAUGACCACCCUCACGAUAAUGCGAAUGUUGCCCCGCGAAGUCGAUCCCCUCGUCUACAACAUGUCACUCGAAGACCCCGGGCAGGUCAGCUUUGGUGGCAUCGGUGGUCUUAACGACCAGAUUCGAGAGCUACGAGAAGUCAUUGAGCUUCCGUUGAAGAAUCCUGAGCUUUUCCUACGAGUAGGCAUCAAGCCACCGAAGGGUGUUCUACUAUAUGGCCCACCAGGAACAGGAAAGACUCUAUUGGCCCGAGCGGUGGCGAGCAGUCUUGAGACCAACUUCCUGAAGGUUGUCUCUUCGGCUAUCGUCGACAAGUACAUUGGAGAGUCAGCGCGUCUUAUCCGAGAGAUGUUUGGCUAUGCCAAGGAGCACGAGCCCUGUAUUAUCUUCAUGGAUGAAAUCGAUGCUAUUGGUGGACGAAGGUUUUCAGAGGGCACAUCGGCCGAUCGUGAAAUCCAGCGUACAUUGAUGGAGCUGCUCAACCAACUGGACGGAUUCGAUUACCUGGGACAGACGAAGAUCAUCAUGGCUACGAAUCGACCGGAUACACUUGAUCCUGCCUUGCUGCGAGCUGGUCGUUUGGACCGAAAGAUUGAGAUUCCUCUACCUAACGAGGUUGGCCGAUUGGAAAUUCUCAAGAUUCACGCUAGUGGCGUACAAACGGACGGAGAAAUUGACUUUGAAAGCAUUGUCAAGAUGAGCGAUCAGUUCAACGGAGCCGAUCUGAGAAAUAUUGUGACCGAGGCUGGUCUUUUCGCAAUCAAGGACUACAGGGACUCGAUCAACCAAGAUGACUUCAGUAAGGCAGUACGUAAGAUGGCCGAGUCGAAGAAACUGGAAGGCAAACUGGAAUACCAGAAGCUAUAGAUGACGGUGGUUGUACGUGACACUCACGGUUUGCGCUGUGUGAGAGUGAUGGUUCUGUUCAAAUGAAGAUGGCUGCGUCCGUCGAAAAUGGCGCGGCGAGCAGAUCAUAAACGAUAUCUUCUCUUGAGUUCAGUUGAGGCUCGAGAGAUUUGAUAUGCGUCACGAUAGAAAUCAACAAUGUACUUUAUUACGGCAUUAUGGUAGCAGAAGGAUUGCUCACCCCAACCUCAAAGUAUCAUUAAUAAUUCAGAACACGUGGAACCGUC